UAAAAUUUGGACAUAAGAAGAACCGUAUAUUUUGAAGAGGUAUGGUAAAUACUUCCUUCAGAGAGCAUCACAGAAAGUCGAUCACCAGAGAAAAUGCGAAUAAAAGUUGAUAUGAGCACAAAACACCUUUGAAAGCAGCAAGAGUUAAAUUCAUACAAGCUAAGAAAGGAAUGCAGAAUGAGAAAGUUACUGAUUUUACCACGCAUGAUUCUCCGAAAGGAAAGAAAACAAGUUCUGCUUCUUUUUAUCGUAAAACUACUCGAAGUACAGCAAGGAGAUCGACGAAUUAUGAUUUAUCAACUGGGAGAAGGCUUCAUCUCACAUCAAAUAAUACUAAUAGAAGCUACUCGAAAGCCUAUCAAAAUGAAAUGAAGAGAACUAGCAGUGUAUUUCAUUCUCGCAGAGAUUACCUGUCUACAAAGAAACCUGAUAACAUUAACCAGAAUGAGAUAACUCAUCCAAGACAAUUUUCACAGGUUAUUAACAAUUUCUUCAACGAAAUCGAAUUAUACGAUUAUCAAAAUUUCAAAUUUAAGAAGGAUAAAAGCAAGAGAGAUAAGUUAAAAGAGUUCCUGUCCAAAUACUACAGCCCUAGUCAGAUAAUAGGCCUCUUAAGUAUUUAUAAAGAACGGCUGAUUCACAAAGGAACUAUUAUAAAGGAAAAGGGCUUAAAUUUUACAUUUGCAGAUACUUCAUCUAAGGCCAUAAAGGGGAGUACAAGUUCACAGGCAGAUUCAGAUAGUAAUUUAGCAAUGCAAGAAGAGAAAUCAGAGGUAUUCGUCAUAAAAUCAGGUAUAAUGGGACUUUACGUGUAUUCAUACGGGGAAAAAUAAGCUAAUGACAACAUUUUCCACCAAAGAAGUAGUUGGAGAAUGGAAUUUCAACUUCUUGCACUCUAAAGCAGCCCAAUAUGAAGCCCUCACAGAUAUGGAAAUUAUCUACUUUGAUAAAGUAGAUUACGAGAAAGUAAUGUGAGAGAGUAAGACUAAGAAAUAUCAAAGCAAUUUCGAGUUCUUUAAAUAAAUUCAGAAAAUUCAGGAGUCUCAAUGAACAUGGGAUGAAGAAACUUUGAGCUAUUGCAAAAGAGAAGAAAUUCACCUGUAGCAAUAACUUUGGAAGGAAUAAGGAUGAAUUCGUAACUCUUAACGGAUGAAAAGCAGAUUGCCUUUACAUAGUCGUCAAAGGGACAUUUAGAGCCGAAAGAUAUGUGACCAUUGAGCAUGAAAACCUAUGGCCUGUUGAAUCCAAGGUCUGGAAAUCUACCAAAAUUCGAAGGAGAGUACUCUUCACCUCAAAUAUUCUUAAGCCGAAUACUAUUUUUGGUGAAAGAGAGCUAGUCAGUAGUUCAGAGCAUAGUCUAAGCAUUGUGGCAAACUCAAAUGAUGCUGUUUUACUAUUCAUUGAAAAGGAUAAACUAGAUGCAAUACUCAAUAUAGAAACCCUCGUAUCUGAAGUCUCAGUAAAAUUCCCAACUGAAAAAGAGAUUAUUCAGAAGAUGCAAGUGAUUGAGAAAUCUUUGCAUAUGCAGAAGAUAUCAUUUCUUAAUUCUACAAAUACAAACUUUCUGCCUUCUUCAUUCAGAGACUUUUAUAUGGAUAAAGAGACCAUCAAACUUUACCCUUGGGUUAGGAAUAUUGAGAACAAGUACAAGCAUAAGCUUGCCCAAAAAGUGAGUCAGAAACCUGAAGAUGAAACAAAAUCAAUGAAGUUUCCUGUAGUUGGGGUUGAAGAAAAAUAUCUCAACCUGAAGAAAUACAUCAAAGCCCAGAGAAUCAAGGAAAGAUCGAUGGAUCAGAUCGCAGAUGACAUCAUAAUUGAGCUAUGAACUAAUUAA